AUGGCAAUUUCUGACGGCAGUGGCCGUUUGGCUAACAUGAAUAGCAUAGCCAUGCAAGUGCUGAUGGGGCGGUGGUACAUGGUGUUUGCCGCGUUCCUAAUCAUGUCGGCCGCCGGCGCCACCUACAUGUUCGGAGACUACUCCGGCGACAUCAAGUCUGCUCUCGGCUAUGACCAGACAACUAUCACUUUGCUCAGCUUUUUCAAAGACGUGGGAUCGAACGUCGGCGUUAUAGCCGGGUUGAUCAACGAGGUCACGCCCCCGUGGGUGGUGCUCUCGGUUGGUGCGGUGCUCAACUUCUUCGGGUACUUCAUGAUUUGGAUGGCCGUCACGAAAAAAAUCUCCACGCCCCAAAUAUGGCAAAUGUGCCUGUACAUAUGCAUAGGCGCCAAUUCUCAAACCUUCGCCAACACCGGCGCUCUAGUCACCUGCGUCAAGAACUUCCCGGAGAGCCGCGGCGUCGUUUUGGGGCUCCUCAAGGGCUUCCUCGGACUCAGCGGUGCCAUCAUAACUCAGCUCUACUACGCCAUCUACGGCAAGAACUCCAAGUCCCUCAUCCUCUUCAUCGGCUGGCUCCCCGCGGCAAUCUCCUUCGCAUUCCUGCGUACGAUUCGGAUCAUGAAAGUGAUCCGACAGCCCAACGAGCUCAAAGUGUUCUACGAUUUCUUGUAUAUAUCGCUCGGGUUCGCUGGGUUUCUCAUGAUUAUUAUUAUAGUGGAAGAAUUGACCCAAUUUAGUGAGGCCGAGUACGUCGGAAGUAGCAUCCUGGUGUUUGUAUUUUUGUUUCUUCCGCUGGCGAUCGUGAUUCGAGAGGAGUAUGGUAUUUGGAAGAGGAAGAAAGUACACGGGGUGAACAAAUCGCCGAGUCAGUUGAAAAUUGUAACCGAGUCGGAGAAGCCGAAUGCAGGCGUGGUGGCGUUGUCGCCAUCGUCUUCCAUCAAUGGUGUGGCAACCACUGAACUAGCUCAAAAACUACCCACCUCACAAAACCAACAAGAACAAGUCUCUUGCUUCAAAAACAUGUUCCGCCCACCAAGCAGGGGCGAAGACUACACCAUCCUCCAAGCCCUCUUCAGCAUCGACAUGCUCGUCCUCUUCUUCUCCAGCAUCUGCGGCAUCGGUGGUACCCUCACUGCCAUUGACAACCUCGGCCAGAUCGGCACCUCCCUCGGCUACCCCAACAAAUCCAUCUCCACCUUUGUCUCCCUCGUAUCCAUAUGGAACUACCUCGGCCGUGUUGCCGCUGGUUUCGUCUCCGAAAUCUUGCUCACCAAGUACAAAUUACCCCGCCCCUUAUUCCUCACCCUCAUCCUCCUCUUCUCUUGCAUCGGCCACCUCCUAAUUGUCUUCAACGUCCCCAACGGCCUCUACCUAGCCUCUGUCAUCAUCGGAUUCUCCUUCGGCGCCCAAUGGCCGCUCCUCUUUGCAAUCAUAUCAGAACUUUUCGGACUCAAGUAUUACUCGACGCUGUACAAUUUUGGAGGCGUAGCAAGCCCAAUCGGGUUGUAUAUACUCAAUGUUAAGGUUACAGGCCACCUGUAUGAUAAAGAGGCUGAGAGACAAUUGGCUGCGGCCGGAAUUGCUAGAAAGGCCGGGGAGGAAUUGAAUUGCAAUGGGGUACAUUGUUUUAAGCAGGCUUUUGUUAUUAUCAUGGCGGUGACGGUUAUCGGAGCAAUUGUGUCGGUGAUUUUGGUGGUUAGGACUAGGAAAUUUUAUGGGAGUGAUAUUUAUAAGAAGUUCAGGGAGGAGGCGAAGGCGGCCGAGAUGGAAACGGCAUUGGAUGGGGGUGGCGGCAAAGUGGUGGUGGCUGGGAGUUGUGGUGGAGAUAUGGGGAUAGAGGAAGAGGGGGAUGGAGAUUUGUAGCUGGGAUGUAUAAUGUGUUGUAUAUUUAUUGUACAAGAAUAUUUCAAAACACUUUUUAGGCCGAAUAUUCUUAAUUGGACUUUGGGUAAAUAUAUGUGAUCAUUAAAUUAGGCCCAUGUGUAAUUGAAUC